AUGAGGAAAGUCAUCACUGUGGAUGCAACUUUUCUGGAAAUUGUUAAAGGUGGUGUUUUAAUUAUUGCCACGGCUCAGGAUCCAAACCGUCACCAUUAUCCUAUAGCUUUUAGUGUCGUUGAUGGGGAGAAAAAUGCAAGCUGGAAUUGGUUUUUCACAACGCUGAAAACUGUUAUACCGGAUUCGACGGAAUUGGUGUUCGUUUCAGACAGAAAUACAAGUCUCAUUAAAGCCGUUGCUGAAGUGUAUCCGAUGUCUAAACAUGGGUAUUGUAUCUGGCAUCUUUCGCACAAUGUGAAAGGUCAUGUCAAAUACGACAGAGACGAGGUUGCAGAACAAUUCAGGAAAGUUCCACAAGUUUAUUCAGAGGCUGAGUUUGAACAGCAGUAUCAAGAGUUUAGGGAGAGGUAUCUAUGGUGUGCUACGUAUCUUGAUAAAAGUGUCGAUGUCAAAAAUUGGGCGAAGUGUCAUUUCCCCGGUGCAAGGUGCAACAUAGACACUUCUAAUUGUGCGGAGUCUUGGAAUGCGCUAUUUGAAAAGGCACGAAAGAUGUCUUUACUGCCUAUGCUUGAUACAGUUUUUGACAAAAUGGCUGAGUGGUUCAACAGACAUAGGACGGAUGCAGUAGCCGGACCGUCAUCUCGAAAAUUGGUUCCUUUAGUGGAGAACAAAUUGCAUAAGAGAGUACCGAAAGGUGAAAAACUACAAGUGACUCUGCUGAAUAAUUUUAAGCUUGAAUACAAUGUUAUUGGAAAAGACGGGAAAACUUAUUUGGUGGAUUUGCAGAAUAAAACGUGCAGUUGCAGGAAGUUUGAUAUAGAUAAAUACCCAUGUGUCCAUGCAAUAGGCACUGCCAUUAAGUGUUUAAAGCAUGAUAGACCAAUAAAGUUGAGUGACAUGUAUGAUGUAAUCUCGCCUUAUUACUUGAUUAGUGUGAGGGCUUUGGCGUACCGAAGGACUAUAUAUCCAGACUCUCAUAUGUCUGAUUGGAUCAUUCCAAAAGAAGUCAAGGAAAAGUGUCCCUUACCUCCAGAGUACGGAAAAAAGGAAGAACUCAGGAAAAAGGUUUCCUUCCGCAGGAGAAAGUCGGCCCCGUCCUAA